UUAAUUUUAUCCUCUUCCUCUAAUUCUUUUUGGAUGAUCAUCAUAUAAUCCCCUGGGGGCGAACUUCAAAUUAAAGGAGGCAAGCCAGACGAGCAAGAGACAGGUACGUACGCAUAUGCAUCCCUCCCUACGUUGUUUGUCGGAUCAAAAAUCCAAUCUUUGAUCUGACAACCAACAACGUAACAACAAUGCCCGAGAAAAGAUUGUUCCCCUCCUUCGACAACGAAGACGACACCACCACCACCAGCAACAACAGCGUCGCCAUCAGCGACGAUGACCUCGACGCGGGUCCCGAGCAGUCGCCGCACGACGCCCGAACGACACCGUCGUGUCCCGAUGCCGAGGGCCGCGAGGAGACGACGAAACUCUCCGUCAAAAUGGCGUUGCUCGACCUCCGGUGUCGGGUGGAGGACGCCAUCCUGAGCAAGUACCUGGUGUACAACAAGAAGAAGGCCGUGUUCUCCAGGGCCGACGUCGAGAACCAGCGGGACAUCUCCCUCUGGGGGGUCCCGCUGCUCCCGAGCCGAGGCCACGAGGGCACGGACGUCAUCCUGACCAAGUUCCUGAAGUCCCGGGACUUCAGGGCAGCCGAGGCGUUCAAGGCCUUGCAGAAGACGCUGAGGUGGCGGACGAAACACCGCGUCCGCGACAUCCUGGGUGACAAAGACGUCGUCCCAGAAGGUGACAGCCUCUGGCACGCCGACGGCAAGGACAAGGACGGUCGGCCAGUCUGUUACCAAACACUGGGAAAUUUCAAGGAUUUGAACCAAGAUGUCUGGGGAACGACGUCCCAGAAAGAAAGACGAGAUAGUUUGACCAGGUGGAGGAUCCAAUGCCUGGAAAAGGGCAUCAGGCUUCUCGAUUUCAAACCCGGGGGGCCCAAUUCCAUAAUUUUGGUGACUGAUUUGAGAAAUUCUCCCGGAAUUGCUAUGAAAGAAGUCCGUUGGAUUACCAAGAACAUGUUACGCCUCCUUCAUGAUAAUUACCCUGGACUCAUCUACAAAAAUGUAAUUAACCACCUUAAUUGAACGAUCAUAGAUAAUAUUUUGAAUAUUAAUAAGGAACUUCAAGUGUUAAUUAAUAGGAGGAUUAUAAUUAAUUCCAGGUACUGAU